AUGGGUAGUGGGGUGUUCGAUGUACGUGUGUUCAUACCGAAGGACCAAAAUCCUUGUUCACCCUUGCUUCACGUGGAAUUGGAGGAACAUAUCUCCUUCAAGCUUACUUUAAAACAAAUAAGAGGGUGUGGAAACGAUGACAAGUGUGCUACAUGGUAUAACACAGCAAUGCACGACAUUGUGAAAGUGAAGGUCGAACAAGCUGGCUUUUUACCCUUUUUGUCAAUGUUGGGGCAUGGAAAGAAAAGGGAUAUGCCAUUACUUGUGGCCUUAGCUGAGAAAUGGUAG